AUGGGAAAUCAACAAGCAAAGAUACGACGAAGUGAGCUUUCUUAUUUGAGAUUUCGUGUGAGACCUUAUUCGAACGAAAUAGGAGCUUAUCGACGCCCUGCAAUUCCCCAGGAAGAUCUUUGGCUUGCACAACAUACAUUUCGUCUGCGAAAUCAUUUGUAUACGCUACUUCAACGUCGUGGAGAAGGAAAAUUCGGUUCGAUUUGGUCAUGCGCAGAUGGAACAGGAAACUACGCUGCCGUGAAGAUUUUUCAUUUAAAUCGUUUACAACAACAGUUAACAACAACGGAGAUUAUGAAGUCAUUUCAAACAGAAAUCGAUUUGGUUUGUCGAAUUCGUGAAACGAAUGAUUGUGUCAUCAAUAUUCUCAGUUUCGACUACGAGGCACAUCGAAAUAUCGUUUUAAUUGCGAUGGAGUUAGGUGAUCGAUCAUUGACCGAAUAUGUUCGAACACUUCACGAAUUGAAUUCCAAACAGACCGAUAAUUUCAUUCCGCCGAAGGACAGAAAAGAAAUUUGGACUCAACUGGUUGACAUUUGUCAGAUUCUUUAUCAAUAUAAUAUAGUUCACCGAGACUUAAAACCGGAUAGUUUCAUUUAUAUGGGGAAUAGGUUGAAAUUAACCGAUUUGGGAAUCACAACAAACGAUCUCUCUAAAUCAGCGUCUUGCUACACAGGUCGGCGACGUAUCACUGUCGGAACACGUUUUUAUAGUGGUCCAGAAUGCAUUACAGGUCAGUAUUUAGUCACCUUGAAGACAGAUAUCUGGUCAUUAGGGGCGAUUCUCUACUAUUUAACAUACGGUAUGCCGCCUAUCUAUGAAAGUCAUCAACCUCCAUCAGGUCGUUCACAAACGCCUUCGCUUUUAAUUGAAAAUAUUCUUGAAACGUGUUUGGUCAAAAAUCCCAAUCGUCGUCCAUCGCUGCAGUGGAUUCAGAAGCAUCCAUUUACAAAUACAAAUGCCGUAGCAUGA